ACGCCAACCCUGGCCCGGACCCGCCUCCUCUACUCCCGCUACCUUAGCCGGCCUUGCGCUUGCGCACCUGGAUUCUUCUCUGUGCAGAGAUGCGAAUGGGGCUGGGGUUCAGCCUCCCUUCUUUGCUCGCGCUGGUUCUCGAGGAUUCUGCGUCCUGGCGUCUCCCGGGACAACCCUCGGUCUCUUCCCAAUGGGAGGAAGAGGGCGGUUAAUUUAUUGGGAAGGGCUGUCAGGAGAAAGGGCCAAUCUAGCGCCCGAAAUCUGGCUCAUGCAAAAGCCACGCUCCUACCCACCCGAACUUGCGGCGACAGCAGAGUGGGUUUGGGGCUGGCAAUGGGGCACAACGACACCUUGCAUCCCAUGGAGUGGGGGAGGGAGGCUGCGUCCACUUUGGCCGAGAGCGAUAUGGACAGCGGAAUGGGGGCGAGCGGAGGCAUGAAGAGCCGUGGAACUCCAUCCCCAGAGAUGUCACAGUUCCUGGCCUUGGAAGAAGUGGAACUGGGAGAGUCCAAUGAGAGGGAGGACAUCUCUGUAGAGGGAGAAGCAAGAAGGCACAUUACCCUGGCUUUUGUUGAGAAAGAUCCUGGGGUAUCCUUGCAGAAGUGUUCUUCUCAGCAUCAGAACAAGAAGAAGAAGAAGAGAAGGAGAUGGGUGAUCAAUCUGUCUAGUUGCCGAUACGAUAGUGUUCGUCGGGCAGCCAGACUUUAUGGCUUGCGUGAGGGAGGAGACCACGAUGACUGGACCCUUUACUGGACAGACUUCUCAGUUUCCCUAGAUCGAGUAAUGGAAAUGAAGAAUUACCAGAAGAUCAACCACUUCCCUGGAAUGAGUGAAAUCUGCCGAAAGGACCUGCUGGCCAGGAAUAUGAGUCGUAUGAUAAAGCUUUUCCCUAAAGAAUUCCAUUUUUUCCCCAAAACGUGGUGUCUUCCGGCAGAUUGGGGUGAUUUGCAGAACUAUAGCAGGUCAAAAAAAUUUAAGACAUUUAUCUGUAAGCCGGACUCUGGCUGCCAAGGGAAAGGCAUAUUUGUUACGCGGUCUGUGAAAGAUAUCAAGCCAGGAGAAGAUAUGAUCUGCCAGCUCUAUAUAUCAAAGCCUUUUAUUAUUGAUGGCUUCAAGUUUGACCUUCGCAUUUAUGUGUUAGUGACCUCCUGCGAUCCGCUCAGGAUCUUUGUCUACAAGGAGGGCCUAGCUCGGUUUGCCACCACCUCUUAUUCUAACCCUUCUUCAGAAAACUUGGAUGAUAUAUGCAUGCACCUGACAAACUAUUCUAUCAAUAAACACAGUUCUAAUUUUGUACGAGAUGGGAACUCUGGCAGCAAAAGGAAGCUCUCCACCUUCAAUGCCCACAUGGACAAACUUGGCUGUGACACUGUGAAGAUGUGGCGAGAUAUUGAAGAUAUAAUCAUCAAGACCUUGAUUACUGCUCACCCUAUAAUUAAGCACAACUAUCAUACCUGCUUCCCCAACCACAUCAUGAAUAGUGCCUGCUUUGAAAUUUUGGGCUUUGAUAUUCUGCUGGACAGAAAACUUAAACCCUGGCUUCUGGAGGUUAAUCACUCUCCAAGCUUCUCCACUGACUCCCGGUUAGACAAAGAAGUCAAAGACAGUCUGCUGUACGACACCUUGGUCCUGAUCAACCUGGGAGCCUGUGACAAGAAGAAAGUCCUAGAGGAAGCGAGGUGCCGGGCAAAAUUUCUGCAGGAUAUCCGUUCCAGGGAGAUCAGGGUUGAGGAAUUAAAGAAUUACCAGGCUGCAUGGCUGGAGAAAAUAGAACGUUAUGAGAAGGAAAAAAGUGGCGGCUUCCGGAGGAUUUAUCCUGAGUGUGGGUCUGAAAAGUAUCAGAAAUAUUUUCAUCACAGCAAUUCACUCUUUCAAAACACAGUGACCUCCAGAGCCCGGGAAGUGCACGCCCGACAGGAGUGUCUGCUGCUGGACAUCUUUGUCUCUGGGUUCCUCGUAAUUGUCUUCUCCAGAAUCAAGGGACCAGAAAGGCAGCAGAUCCAGGAAUUAAGGCUGAAGCAGGAGAAGAAAGUAUUAUGUCUUAAGGAAAAGAAGAAUGAACUUCAGGGUGAAUCAGCAGGCGAUGGGACCAGGGUCUCUGUCCCAAAGGAGACAAAACAAAGAGCAUCCGUGUACAGUGCCAGACAACUCUCCAAUUCCUCCAUGUUGCUGCCCUGUUCAUCCACCUUGGUCUCAAAGUCAAAGCUGAAGCCAAAGGAAAAUGAAAAUGAGUCUCUGCAAUGCACAGAACCCUUCAACUCCUAUGAGGAGACUCCCAAGCUGGAGGCCAAUGCCACCUUUCCAGAGAAAGCUGGUGUGUGUCACUAUAGCUCUGUGCCAGACCUCAGGAAGACACUCUUCACUAGCACAGAAAAGCAGGAGCCCUGGAAACCCAUCUCUGCAAAUGCUGAAGGGUCCAAGUCAUUCUCUGAUCUUCUUGCUUUGGUGGAAACCUCCUCUACGGCCAGUGACUAUCCCCUACGGUCCUCAGAGCCAUUGCCAACUCUGAGCACAUCCCCCAGACCUAUGUCAACUCAUUGCAUCCACUUGGAGGUAGACAAUCCCACCCAAGUCUUCUACAAGUCACAGAAGUUUGCCCAGAACUCCUGCCAAGAGAAAGCGUCGUCUUCCACCAAGCCCCAAGGCCCAUGGUGUGGCCAGCCACAAAACGGGAGCCUCAGCAGCUCCAAGGACAAGAAGCAGUUCCUAAUGACCGAGCUGAUUAACAGCAUCCCCCUGGGGGCACAAUUCUCUUUCCCAACCAGCUUCAACCCAAAGCUGUUGCUGAACAAACAAAAAAAAUCUGCCUCCCAGCACUGUGGCUGUGGGAGCCAAAACUGCACAGAAAAGAGGUCUCUGAAGGGCGCCACCUUACAACUGCUCUUCCAAAGGCCUCAGAGCCAACAGAUGCCUAAGAAGGACCUGCUGGUGAUUGCGACACAAGCCCGGCUUGAUCCAAGGCCUCCCAAAACCAGCAAGAUUAUAGGGAGGGAUCGCAGUGGUGGGCAAGACCAGACACCAUCCAGAGGCUCCCCAUCCUCCAAGGAAACUACCUAGAAGACUAGGAAUCCAGGUUAAGUGACUUGCCCAGAGUCAUACGGCUUGUGGAGUCUGAAGAUAAUUCCUUGAAUAUAGGGGAGAUGACCGAGUGAUUCCCAAGACCACUGAGGCUCUAUGUUCCUGUUAAAGUAUAUACAGUAUAACUUCUAAUAGGAGGCUAUGUUUUAUAUAUUAACUCCAUCCAUAUAUGGUGGGAGGACUGCGUUCCCAUUUGGGGCAAAGGUUCUUUACCUUUUUGAUACUAUGGAAGCCUUUGGAAAUUUAGUGAAACCUAUGAACUACUCAGAAAAUUCAGAAAAUAAA